ACAAUAACUGCGUGCAUUGUAUUAAACUGUGUUCAUUUUUUUAUUAUUAUUUGUAACAUCUCUAGACGUUGUGUUUGAUAACAAAAUCGGAAAUCAUACAGAAAAUCACGUCAAUUUUAUAGACAAUUUAAAAUAUAGUAUAGUCGAAACCAAAGGGGAUACAGAUGUUUUGAUGAUUUACUGAGUGAGAGAAAUUGUUGCGUUUCAAUUAUAAUUAUUGUCAAUAUGACAAAAUUCAACUGCAUAAUUAUUGUGAAAAUAGUUUAGUAUGCAAAACGGUGCUGAAUUUUAAAUAACUACGUAUAAACAAUGGCCACAUUAGAAAAGCCAAAACUAAAGAAAAAGAAGAAGGUGCGUCCAAGCAGCAUUGCUGAAGAAUCCAACGAAAAUGUACAAUGGUCAAAUGCUGACAUUGAAUUUCCCAGCACAUCGACUAGCGAUGAAAUCGAAAUUAUUUCACAACCAGAUGAUGAAGCCAUUUGCAAACUAUUAGCAGCAUUGCCAGUGGCCAGUGAAAGUGUGCACAGUCCAAACGAAGAAUCGAAUGAUCUAGAUGAAACUAAAGACAAACCGACAGAUGAAACCGAAAUCGCAUCGGUGACUGACCAACUUACUGAAUCCGUAGACAACCAAGAUACCAUUGAGCUCGAUGAGACGAAAUCAGUGGAUAAUGAAAAUGUGAUCGUUGACGAGGCAAUGGCCGGAAUGUGUCAAACCGAAGUAAGAGAAAAUGAGUUCACCUCCGCUGAACCGGAACAAGUUGCUCCAUCUGCUCCGUCAGCACCGGAAAUCGAAGAUUUGGAUGAAUCACAAAUGGAUAAGCCAUUACAUGCGUUGAUCUAUCCGAACUUACAAGGCGCACAGUCUCUAGGCUUGGUCAUGAAUUUCGUGAACGCAACAAAGGAACGAAUUAAUUUACAGCCAUUCACAAAUGUACAGCUGAAAGAACUGUACAAUAAUCCCGAAUCGAUGGUGGCUGAAACGUUUGAAGCCGAUUUUAUCAAUACAGAACUAAAUAAUACCCACAAAGAUCAUCCGCUAUUCGAAUUAAUCAAAAAAUAUUCACACAGUCGUUAUAAUUUGAAAGUGAAUACAUUGGAUUUGCACAGUUACAUUAAAUGUUUUCAAGAGAAUUCACAAAAAGUGUGGAUCAUUGAGAAUCGUAUCACAUCGUAUGAAGGUGUAUGUGCUGAUGGCGAACGAAUUCGAAAAAAUGAACUAUACGAAUAUGCCGUGUUAAAUGAGCAAACAUUCCAAAAGCUGUCAUCAAAUUUGAAUAAUACGCUGCAAUUGGUGUGCUACAGUUUUAUGACAAAUUUAUACGCAUGUGAAUCGUAUCGAACUCAGAUCGAGCAAUGUAUUCGUGAAUUACUUGGGCAUCCGGCAUUUGCAUCGAUUCGAACAUCAACACCAAUUGCACUCAACAAAAAACUUAACGCUGACAUAUUGGAUGCGAUGAGAGAGGUUCGUGUCACAAUAUCGGUGUUAUUUGGUUUUUUGCGUCGUCAAGUGCCUGACAAAGAAUUUAGCAGUGACAUUAAGAAAUGGCUUGAGAAAUUGGCUGCAUAUUAUGUGCGCGUGGCUACGUGGCAAGAUCAUUUGUUUCUCAUUUAUCAUGUGCUAAGAUGUCCGCCGGGUAUCUCAUCUUGGGCGACGGCUCUCAUUCAAAUACCCAAUGCAAAAAUCAACGAAAUUACACCAUUCGCCAGCGAUGAAAUCAAUCAUUGUGUGACUUUUCUCAAAGUGAUUCUUAUGCCAACCAAACAACGUACCCAAUUUUUGGCCAAUUUAUAUACCGAAAAUGGUCCAAUCGAUGCCACUGCAGAAGACUUAUGGAUUAUCAUUGAUUCAGAUGGUGAGGAAGACAACACGCCAGCCGGUGAAUGCGCCAAACUCAAAGAAAAUGAUUUGAUCGCACUGCUCAAUCAAGUACCAUUUGAGAAUUUAUUCCGAUCGAUGACCUUCACAACAUUGAAUGGUGAUUUUAAGAAAAUUAACAAAAACAUGAUAACCGGAUAUCAUUUGCUGAAAUUUAUUGCAUUCUCAACGAACUUAGUCGAACUCUUGGGCGAAGGACUGAAAACAUAUGCAAAUGAAAAAUAUAGACAAUUUGCCAAACUUUUAAGCCGUUUGGUGCGACACUCGGUUCAAUAUGUAUCGGAUAUGCAUUCGUUGUUCAGAUCGAGUGAUGUAGUGAAAGAUGACCAGUUGUGCGCACGGAUUCAGGUUGAAUUCGAUACAUUCGUGUCACGAUCAAGUAAUUACAUUUAUUUAUCACGAUUUUUGGGUGCAUGGCAAUACUUGGCCACUUUACCAUUUUCUGAGCUUCACAUAACCACCACUUGGAAACUAUACUACAUGUUAACCUCUGGUUUUUCAAAGGAUUUAAUUGAAAAUGUUACAGACGAUUUUCAAGUAAAAACGUCACAAAGUGCCUUUUUGGAGCUGUUCAAUGACAUUGUCAUCGAUGUUCCAGCCGAAGAUAUGUACUAUUUGUUGCAAACAUUCGCAUCGAUGGCGUUGGCAAGAGAAAUAAACGACAUCGAAUUCAUACGAUGUGUAACGACCGAUUUAUUUAAAGUUGGAUUCAUAAAUGUGCUCACAAGAGACAAUUGUUAUAAGAUAGUUCGUGAUCUCCUCGUUAAUAUCACAUCAAAGCACACCCAAUUGAUUUCGGACUUACUCAUUUUACUGAAGGAGAAUUUUAAGCUGAUCGAUAAAUACGGACCGUAUUUAUUUAAAUCGUUGCCGUUGGAUGAAUGGCGUCCACCGAUGGAGGUGUUUGAAAUGUCGGCAAAUUGGUUAUUAAAUUUCGGUUUUGAAACGCGUGAAAAUGCAAUGGCCCGUACGAUAUUUAGUCGUUUGAAUUGGAAUUUUGAUAAAACAACCGGCGAACUAUUUUUACCAUAUGAAAUUCAUGUACGAAUGGCAUCGUUAAUUGUGGACGUAUCAUCAAAACAUGUGCCUGAAACGAUUGGAUCGUCUGGAAUAUCGGAGAGUGUUCGUCAAAUGUCAAAUUUGGUAAAAGGUCAAACGCCAAAUCAACAGUUCAUCAUGUGGUGUUGGAAUAUGAUAUCAGUGCUAAGAUUGCAUUCAUUCGAUCAAAAUGCCGAAUUUAUUCGGCGUGCUAUUCGAAAUCCAACGGACGCAUUACGAUUUGUAAAUGAACUUGAACGACUUCCAUCGAUUGCACAAGGCGUUAUGGAAAAUCGUCCGAUUGCCGUUUAUAUUUCCAUCUUAACAACACUGUGGGGUCAUUCGGUACCACAAAUAUGUCAUAAGGGUUUUGCUCAAAUGAACAAUUUACUCAACGAUUAUCGAUAUUCGACUGUGAUUCGAUGCUUACAACUUGUGACACCAUUUUUCUUAGAUUGCCCCGAAAGCCUAUGCAAAUGUGGCAAUUUUCAAUCGAUACUCACUUCAAUUCUACAAGCCGAUCGUACUUAUAUUCGCAUGGCCAAGGAUUUCAUAAGUUGUGAUUAUCCGGGUCCGGUGGUUGAACUAUUUUCAAAUAUGAUUCAAGCACAAAUUAUCGACUAUUAUCAGUUUGAUUUGCAAACACCGGUGUUGCUUGUCACUUUAUGGCUCAAUUGCUUAACCGUAAAUCCACAAUGGUAUAAAGAUCCAAACGCUUUAUACAUUGUUGAUAUCAUUCUUCGCAUCGCAUAUCAAUUCACAGACGCUUGGAUUACAGCGAAGAAUCUAUUCAAAAUUUUCUGCAAGAUUCAUAACGAACAAAAAUCGAGUGCAUCAUCAACGUUUAUACCAUUUCUGGGCGGUUCACAGCCAACCGGUUUCUUUUCGAUACAUUCAGCAACAACGCCAUGGUUGGCUCUUUUAGUUUUGGAAAUUGAACAUGAAAUGUUCGAAUUGGAGACCAAAUUAUGGCCAGAGAUAAUUCGUCAAUUACACGGAGCAUCUGGAAAAUGUUCGAUGGACAAUAUUAUUAAGAAUGCAUCAAAAUCAGUUGGAUGUGCAUCGUUUCCAGGAAAUUCGAUGGUCCUCUAUAAAUUGGCGAAUUUAAUUCUAACUGUACCGCAACACGAGGAGCUGUUGCCAAUAUUUUGUCAAAAAUUCUUCCAUCUGUAUUUGACUCGCAUUCGAUUUACGUCGGACGAAGAGCGUUUCACCGACGUUUUUGGUGUGGCCGAUAAAUUUUAUGAUGCCAACAUUUCGUUGAUGAAAAAAUUGAAAAAAAUCUUCAUCGAUUGUGCGAAAUUUGAAAAAGAGCGUUCAAUCAAAUCCGAUGAUCAGACUUUAUCCGAAUUGUUUAGUGCCCGAUCGAGACUUUACAAUAGUUUCGAACUUUGGUUGGAGGAGACGCGCUUAAAUAAAAUACUUCAUCUUCGAUUGGAAUCAUUUCCGCCGGCUUACGAUCUAAAUCGGCUUGCAUUGAUUUUUGGAAAUAAUACCGCACACUGGACGGAAUACAUUCAACUGUCAGCAAUUCGGCAAAUUCAACGAGAUGGAGCCAAUUCAUGGUUACGUAGAUGUUUGCGAUAUGUUGCUGCAAGUAAGCAAACAACAUGCACAUCAAAGGCGACAAAAAAUAUCGAUCCAGCUGAUAAUAUAGUUCGUUUAUUGGACUCAUAUGAUGCACCAAUUGCACCACCUAUUGUACCUAUUGAACCGUUGCUGGUUAAGAAAAUGACCAUGCCCGAACUCAAACGUAAUGUUUUGCGAACGAUGCAAAAUGAUUUCAAAAAACUCGAUGAACUGUCACGAAUAUUCCAUAUGGAUGUACAAGAAUUGAGCUCACUGGAUAGCACAUAUAAAGAAAUGCUACGCAUUUUGCAUGAGAAUAAAAGCCGACAAGAUCGCAGAGAAAUUCGUUGCGGUUCAAUGCUAUCGAGUAAAGCGUGCAAAGGCAGUGUGUUUGUCAAUAUCAAUAUCCCUUACCAUGAAAUCAACGACGUGGUCAGCAGUAAGAUCCAAACUAAUCGUGACCGUCACGAACAGCUCAUAAAUAAAUUGAUUUCCGCACCAUCAUUACAUCAAAUUCUUCCAAUCGUGCAAAUUCAAUUUUCAAUCAAACGCUUGCUCGAAAGCUAUCGAUAUUUCAAGCAUAUUAACGAUGAAACUCAACUCAAGGAAAUCACAACAAUUGCAAACACAUUUUUCUAUUACAUGAUCAAUGCAAUCAAUGAAAAUAUCAAUUCAUUUCAUCCCGCACAAGAUCUCUGCACGGUCAUUUUAUCACAAAUUGGCAUCUUCCUGCAAGAGAAUCAAAACACAGAGGGAAUGAAUUUAUUGAAAACAGCAAUGAAGCGGCCGGAUUUAAUAAAACCGAUUUCGGAUUUAUUUGUGCCAUCGGUCACAAUACCAGAAGUCUUUUUACAACUUUACAAAUUCAUUAUUGACUCUCAUUUGAAACACUGUGAUCCAAAAAUUUUGUUCGUGUUAUUAUCUAAGUUCGAUGUAAAUAGUUGGUUGGCAAUGCAUAAACCAAAAUUAGCCGACAUCAAUCAAUUGGUACAAUUGAUUUUACAAGGUUUGGAAUGUUGGAAUAAAAAUGAAUCGGCCGUCAUUCAAGGAUUGCUACGACGUCAUCUAAUCCAUAUAUUCAUGUAUGAUUUUCCGGAACAUUAUGGUGAAGUAUUACUCAUGGUGUUAAAAGGUUGUUCAGAGAACAAACUCAUGCCAUCUAUUCUGCUGGAGCUUCUGAAUACAAUCUACAAAUUGGCCAAUUGCCCGGAAAUCGAUGCCAAUGCCGAUAUUAGCAAAAUGAAAGAAGACAUUUUAUACUUUGCAACGAGUCAAAAACUAUUUUCGUACCGUGAUCUAUAUGAAACAAUUGCAUUGUUCGCGCGUCAUUUUCAAAAUGAGCGUUUACAACACGGUUUGAAUGGAUUGUAUCCGAUUCAUAAGGAAUAUUGCAAAUGGUUAUCGGCAAUGUUUGAAACAUUUGGUCAUGCGUUAAUUGUGUCCGCCGUUCAUGCAAAUCCGGGAGCUCUCUCCGAUACUUUAAUCGAUUGGAUUUGGCCGAAUGUGUGUGAAAUGUUUUCGCCAUGGUUAUUUCCAUACUAUCCGCAAAAUUUACCAAAUCUCCCAGCCAAUUGGAUUCGACAAUUCAAUACGCCAAUUUUAUUGCCAUGGAGCGAAUUAUAUUCGCAUUAUUCACAAAUUUUAUUACAAUCGUUCAUCAAUUGUAUACAAUUUAUGCUUGACACAUUUCCUGCUUGUGAUUUAAUUCUCACCAAUAUUUUCUAUUGGUAUGAGACGAAUUUCGGUAAUGUGGCCGUACCACGUCAUGUUUUACUUCCGACAAAUACAACGUUAGUGCUUCUGCCGUGGAAUCGCUUGAAACCAACACCGUUGAAUAUUAGCGGAUUUCAUCGAUUGCUUCAACAGUAUCUACCCGAUUGUCAUUCAUUUUUGGGUCAUAUUUUCCUUCGCGUAAAUUGGACACCAUGGCUGUACAAUAACAUCCAUCAAUGGGAUUAUGCGACGAGAAAUCGCAUUUUAUCCACAUUACUAUUGAUGUUUGUUAAAUUAUCGUAUGAACCGGGCGUUCGAGAGAAUGCACAAUUAUUAACGUUAUUACAAGAAGCCCUUGCGUUCCCGUGGUAUAUGCUCGAUUAUCAAGGUAUUGAGGGCACAUUUGAUUGGUAUGUAAUGUCAACGGAACCAUCAUCUAUUUUGUGCUUGAAUUCCGAACAUUCAGCCGUUGACAAUAGCAUCUUGAGUUUGCUACAAACAACAUCAUCAAUCAUAAAUCAUGAAACAGAACAUUCCCAAUCAUCGGUACAAUUGCAAGCAAAACGUAUUUUGUACGUUAAGACCAUUGUUCGAUUGUUACGAUUAUGUGGUUCAAAAUAUCAACAACUUCUUACGACUCAAGAAGGAUCAAAAUCCUUCCAUUCAGCCAUUUCCAAUUUGCUAUCUCUGAUCAAUGGUGUGACGAGCAAAGAGAAUGAAAUGGACUGUAUUAAUAUGAUGAUUGAGAUGGUUGGAUCAAUUCAAUUGCAGGGUGAAUUUACAUCGAGAAUUUUCGUUGAGGCGAUCUCAAUAUGGCAAGCAAGCAAUGAAAUCGGAAAUGUGCUUGUAUCAUCGACUCUCAAUGCAAUUGGAACAUGUAAAUCAUUUUCAAACAAUAUAUUUCUAUUGAUCGAAACGACGGUUUUUAAUUAUUUCAGACAUUUGGAAUCGACAAAAGAUCAACAUUCACCAUCAUGGUCAAAUGUGUUAAGACGCUUAGGACCAACAUUACCAUCAUUUGAUCUACAACAAAUGUUUGAUGGCGAACAUCUAUUGUGUAUUUAUAUUUCGAUGAUUUAUAAAUUAAAGGAGUUACGCGAAAGUGGUGAUCGGAUUACUUAUCUUCAGAAUAUCGGAAAAAUGCUGGAAAAUUAUAAAUCAUCAUUAAAUACUGAAUCAAAAUUGGUGAUCAUUUGGGGUCUGUUGAUAACAUGUGGCUUCACACUUCUCGAAACCAAUUCAAAUGCAAAAGAGCCAUUGUUGACAUUGGCCAGACACUUAAAAUCAACAUCGAAUGUAUCGGAUGGAUGGAGCGAGGGUAUUUUGGGUGCCAUCGGCUUGAAAAAGGAGACAACAUCAAAUAAACGCAAAAUUAUUGCGAAAUGCUUGGCAUGCAUAAUCUUUUCAUUGUUUUUGGAAAGUAAAAGUCAAAAUAAGGAAUACGAACAGGCGUUGGAAGACUUGAAGAGUUCGAUAAAAUCGAAGAAAUUUGCAGACAUUCGAUCCGUGGCGCAAGCAACCAUUGAUAUCGUUGAAAAUCAGUCAAAAUCGUCAUCAAACACCAAAGAAAAUAUUUGCGCUUUAAUUCGACUGUUUUACAGUGACUGCUUUUUAACGACGCUGGAGGAAGUUUGGUCAUUCUAAGUCGCUUUUUCCAACUCAACAACUAUACAUCUAGUUUAUCUCUAUAAAUGUUCAUUCGAAAUGAAAUAUUUUAUAUGCGCAAAAAAUUGACAAAUUUAAAUAGAUAAUGAAAAAAUUUAUUUCUUUUACAAUAAGAUA